CCAAGACUCUCCAUUUCUCUCUCUUUCUAUAAACUUCUCUUCUCUCUCAUGCUCAUAAUUGAUAGUCACCAAUCAUAUCUUCUUUCUUCUUUUCCAUCAUCAGAACGAAGAACUCUUCCAUGGAUUCCAGCAGCAGCUUCGACCCAAUUAUGAAUGAGUUAACAAGAGAGGAAUACUCUGCCUUGGACUCUGUAAUUCGAACAUACCAUUCAUACGACACAAAUCCAAAGAACACAUCCUGCACCUCUAUCAUCACCCAAAGAAUCGACGCUCCCGCCGCCGCAAUCUGGCCAAUCGUCCGCCGCUUCGACAACCCUCAACGCUACAAGCACUUUGUCAAAUCCUGCCGCCUCAUCUCCGGAGACGGUGUAUCAGUCGGCAGCGUCCGGGAAGUAACUGUUGUUUCCGGACUUCCGGCCUCAACCAGCACAGAACGCCUCGAGAUCCUCGACGAUGAUCACAAAGUUCUCAGCUUUCUCGUCGUCGGUGGGGAACACAGACUAAAAAAUUACCGGUCCGUAACAUCCGUUAACGAAUUCUCGUCUUACACCGUUGUUCUGGAAUCAUACAUAGUGGACGUACCCCAAGGGAAUACGCAGGACGAUACCAAGAUGUUUACAGAUACUGUCGUCAAAUUGAAUCUGCAAAAGCUUGGACUGGUCGCCACCGCCGCUAAUUCUUUGCAUGGAAAUAAUGAUUAAGUCGAUCGAUUGAUUCUAUUCCGGCAUAUGCUCUACCUUCUACAGCGAUUCAAAAUGUUUUAUAUUAGCUUAAUGUGAUUCCUGCAAUUUCAGUUUAUAUAUUAUUACAAUAUAUGUCAAACAAUAUGUAUGUGCAUACAAUUUCUUUUUUUUCCUUUAUAUUUGUUGGGACUA